CCAGUUCAGUUUCGUUUGAGCCGUUGCAUGAUUAACAUAUCAACUCCAGAUAUAUAUUUUUUGCGUGUGUGUACCUAUGGAAUUGCAGUUUUAUUAAAUUUAGGAUCAAGAUUGUGAAACGAGCUAUUUGUGCAGUGAACGGGUUUUCAGAUUCAAAAUUGAACUGGUCAGUGGUAUCAAAGAUUAGACGUUGUAAAUUGAAUAAAUAGCUACACCGGAGAGUCCAAAAGGAGUUUUGUAUUCCGUAUGUUAAUGGAGUUGAGUUGUUCUUUCGGAUAAAUCAAGGAAGCGUAUUGCCAAGUUCGUUAUGUGAUUGAGUUAUGAUUAGUUGGAUUAACAGAUUGCUGUUUAAUGUAUGUGAAAACUACUAAAGUGAAAGUGAAAUCGGUAAAUUUAAUUAGGUCAUCUGGCUACAAUCUAUAAUAUCGAUUGUAGAGCGAAUGAUGUAAAUAAGUGUCAGUUAGAGAACCACAGAAUCACGGUUUCGGGGGUGAAAAACAAAACAUCAAAAUUUAGAAAUCAUUAAUCAGUCGUGCGGUUUCCAAAUAAAAAAUGUCAUCAACAAGAUGGUAUUGGAAAAUCCUUUUCCUUUUGUUGUGCAUAGCUGUGAUAAGUCCAGUGUAUGGCAUUUUCGAUCGAUUGGUAGUGCAAACGAGUAGUGGCCCGAUUCGGGGUCGCUCGACAAUGGUGCAAGGUCGUGAAGUACACGUGUUUAAUGGUGUUCCUUUUGCGAAACCUCCAGUUGAUGGGCUGCGCUUUAGAAAGCCUGUGCCGGCGGAACCGUGGCAUGGUGUGUUGGAUGCUACGAGACCGCCCUCUUCUUGCAUCCAGGAACGGUAUGAAUACUUUCCUGGAUUUGCCGGAGAGGAAAUGUGGAAUCCGAACACAAACGUAUCUGAGGAUUGUUUAUAUUUGAACAUUUGGGUACCAACAAAAACUCGUUUACGCCACGGUCGAGGCCUCAACUUCGGAAACAACGAUUACUUCCAAGAUGAUGACGAUUUUCAACGCCAGCACCAAUCUAAGGGUGGUUUAGCCAUGUUGGUGUGGAUUUAUGGUGGUGGAUUCAUGAGUGGAACCUCAACACUGGACGUCUAUAAUGCGGAAAUUUUAGCGGCGGUUGGUAAUGUAAUAGUGGCUUCGAUGCAGUAUCGAGUAGGAGCUUUUGGAUUUUUUUACUUAGCUCCGUAUCUCAACGGACAAGAAGAUGAAGCACCUGGUAAUGUUGGACUCUGGGAUCAAGCAUUAGCUAUUCGAUGGCUAAAAGAAAAUGCAAAAGCCUUUGGUGGUGACCCAGAUUUGAUUACGCUUUUCGGAGAAUCCGCAGGUGGCAGCUCAGUAAGCUUACAUCUACUGUCACCUGUCACUCGUGGUCUUUCCCAUCGAGGGAUUCUGCAGUCUGGAACAUUGAAUGCUCCCUGGAGUCAUAUGACAGCGGAGAAGGCUAUUUCUGUCGCAGAAGCCCUAAUUGAUGAUUGCAAUUGUAAUCUUACACUGCUCAAGGAAUCUCCAAGUACAGUUAUGAACUGCAUGCGUAGUGUUGAUGCGAAAACUAUAUCAGUACAACAGUGGAAUUCAUAUUCCGGAAUCCUGGGGUUUCCAUCGGCACCUACUAUUGAUGGGGUGUUUAUGACAGCUGAUCCGAUGACUAUGUUGCGAGAAGCAGAUCUAGAAGGAAUUGAUAUACUUGUAGGAAGUAAUCGCGAUGAAGGUACGUACUUUCUUCUGUAUGAUUUCAUCGAUUACUUCGAAAAGGAUGCAGCAACUUCGUUACCGAGAGAUAAAUUCUUGGAAAUUAUGAAUACAAUAUUUAACAAAGCAUCUGAACCGGAGCGUGAAGCAAUCAUAUUUCAGUAUACCGGCUGGGAAAGCGGCAAUGAUGGGUAUCAGAAUCAACAGCAGGUGGGACGUGCUGUUGGCGAUCACUUCUUCAUCUGUCCUACCAACGACUUUGCUCUCGGCCUAACUGAGCGUGGUGCUUCAGUACAUUAUUAUUACUUUACUCACCGUACUAGUACUUCGCUGUGGGGAGAGUGGAUGGGGGUUCUACAUGGUGACGAAGUGGAAUACAUCUUCGGUCAACCUAUGAACGCAUCACUGCAGUAUCGGCAACGAGAACGAGAUCUCAGUAGACGAAUGGUACUUUCAGUGAGUGAGUUUGCACGAUCUGGAAACCCCGCUCUUGAAGGGGAACACUGGCCACUGUACACAAAAGAGAAUCCAAUAUACUUUAUCUUCAAUGCCGAAGGAGAAGAUGACUUACGAGGGGAAAAGUAUGGAAGAGGUCCAAUGGCAACAUCAUGUGCGUUCUGGAAUGAUUUUCUUCCCCGGCUGAGGGCUUGGUCCAUUCCACCGAAGACCUCAUGCAACUUGCUCGAACAAACUUCAUCAUCAACUAUGCUUUACCUGGAUAUCAAAAUACUAGCGAUGCUUGCAGUCAUUAUAAUGUUAAGAUUAUUCUAAACACAUCCACCGACAGACUCCUCCGAUGCUGCAGAGUUUUCUAUUUUAUCCAGGAGAAUGCAGAGCUUUACACGUGACCAUUUCUCACUAAUUUUAAAGUUUAGAAUUAGUGAGCACACAACGUUCACGAAUAACUUGAAUACCCGGGCAAGCGUCGACCUAAAAGAAAAAACUAAAGCAAGGUAAUGAUAUUGAUUCAUUAUUAAGCAAAUGGUGAAUUGUAAACACUGGAGGUGUAGAGAGAUUUCAUAAUGCAUUGUGGUAGAAAAUGGAAACAUAACUGGUGAGGCGCGGGCGCUUCUUACAAACUAUUUGAUGUUGAUACAACACUUUGCACGCUGCUAGAUGACUCAGUUGGAACACCUCGAACAAAGUUCAGUACCACCAGACAUAAUCUCAAAACGAAACUGAAUGUAUAGAAAAAUACUUGUUAGAUGUGCAGUUGAUUUGAAUGCUUCACGUGGAUUAUAUUUUUUACAAAAAUAUGGUUUGUUUAUUAAUAAAGUCGUUCUGAGUCGGCCUCAGUUUAUUUAUAAAAUACCAGCAAAAUAGUAAAAGUAACUGUUUCGAUGUUUUAAAUGUUUAAAAAAUAUGAAACUAGGGGAAAAUGAAAAUGCAAACGUAAGUAUUGAUGCACAUAUUGACGGUUUACAAUCUAGUAUAUAGUGAUAUAAACAUAUACCAAAGUGAUUUGGUACUAACCUGAUUAAAGUUAUUAACUCAUAUCUCCUGACUGAAGUUAUAAAACUUUAUUUUUGCAAGAGUGCAAUCCAUGAGUUCGCCACAUAGAAUAGCUCGAAAUUUUUGAUUAGGAAACAAAGUAUUAGCGAAAGACUAGUCUUGUAAUUUUAUAAUUUUUGUUUUUCAACAUAUAAAAAAGUGCACUCCUUGAAACCUUUCAUGGUGAAAAUAAUGUGAACUAAUGCAUAUCCAAAUACAAGCAAAAUAUAUAUAUCAAUAAACGAUAGCAAAGAGUAUAUAAAAAAAAAAACAAAUGACUGCACGCUUUUUUGUGUGUCGUGAAAUUAGACAAACAUUUUGAAUUUUUAGUAUUAUCGAAACGAAACUAUAAAAAGUACACUUUUUAACGCCGUAACCCACCCUCCCCUUUUUAUAUAUACCGAUUUUAUACAUAAUACUUGGUGAGACAAAGAUCACAAACUAAUUUCACUGUCCUUCCACAAGCAUAUGAAAAUGAAUAGAAACUUGUUCAAAUUUAUAUACGAAGCAAGAAUAUAUUUAAAGCUCUUCGUAGAGGGGCAAUUUAUAUCAAAGUGCAUUUGUUGUUAGUUGUGCACAAUUUCAAAAGCAAAACUUAUGAUAAUGUUGGCAGGAUUUAGAUAAGCUGAGUAACUUUGAAAAUCAUAAUCAGUACAUCGAACCUCGUAGAUGGUUCAUAUAACAAAGUUGUUAAUGUGUAAUAAUUCAUAUAAUGAAAACAGAAAUCGACAUCACAAUUAAAUUUGCUUUCACGUAAACUAUGAAAUACAAUUACGUUAUUACAUCUAAUAUUUUCAUUGCCAAUACAGCAAUUUAUUUUCUAGCUAAGCUGUGAAGUCAGAAAUGUCCAAUUGUGAAAUCCAAUUACAGGAAUUAUUCAGGUGUGAAACAAAGGGCAUGGGAGGAAAUGUUUUAUUUGGUAGGUUUUUAAUUACAAAUGUUCUCAUAAACGCCACUAUAUCUUAUUACCAUAACCGAGUCUGUUGAAAUAGAAGUUAAGAUUCGCAUCGGAAUGUUAUAUGUGGACUUCCCCAUCGUAAGGGAUGAUUCUAAGACAAACAAAUAUUGGGCAGUUUUUUGAAAACAAUAGAAAAACAGAAAAAUGGAUUUUUUGCUGCGGCUGAUUUUAUAUGACUAAACUGGCUUAAUUCUAUCUCUUAUAUAUUAUUAUAGAGGUAAUCGCUUACGUAAAAUACUUUAGGCAAUGAAUAUCACAACUCAGGAGAACGUCAAUGCGUUUUCAUACGUGAAACCUAAUGUUAUCGAAUAUUGAAAUUGUUUUAAAAUUAAACGAAAGAAGUAUAAUUCAGGAAGGUUGUAUCUAUUUUCUUUCUUUUUUGAGAAAGUGGCGUUUGGCCGAUUUGUGUUGCGGUAAAACGUAUACACAUGAAACCAAUUCUCGAACUCGGUAAAGUAAAAUGCCGAGACGGAUUGGCAGCACACAAUUUUUCUGAUUGCUCAGUAAUGAAUAUCAUGUUUUCUGAGAUUCGUUUAGUAGUUUUACUGAUUUUGAUGCAAAAUGCAUCUUUUAGCCGAGGUUUUGCGAAAUCUUGUGCUGAACUCAUCGAUGAUUAACAAUUAUCCCGAAAUCAGCAAAUGCGUUUGCCGAAAUUUCGAAAUAUUUGUUAGUUUUGCCGAGAUUCGGCUAAAGAAGAUAACCGAGACUCUGCAAUUUUAUCUUUUGCCGAGAUGAUUACCGAGUUCUCGGCGGCACAAGUCUCAGUAAUUAUUUUCCUGAGAUUAAGUGAUAAAGGUGUGUGAAAAAGUGUGUUUUUAUCACUCCACACAAUUAAUAUUUACUGAUCUGACAACAAUUUUUUUUGAAUUUAUAUUGGAACACUUUAAUGAAAUUGGAAUUUUGAAAUAAGCGCAUUUUUUUUUUAAUUUGAGCGAAGUAAAGGUUCAUAGGAAGCCCGGUCGGAUCGGUGAUUCAAAAUACAAGGCUUCGGAAUGUAAUUUUCAAACUGAGUCAUUAAAAACACACAACCAAUCAUUAAAUGAGGUUAUAAUAUCUAUUUUUAAAUUGAACAAACACUUUCAAAACAGAUUGUUUUCGAUAUUUUUUGCUGAGCGGAUUCGAUUGCGCGGAUAUUAGGAAAUUCGCAGUGUACACGUGUGUGGAAACAGACUAACAGUUGUAGAUGUAGCAAAAUCUGGAUCGCCAAUCUUCGAUUUUAAUGAAACUUUGUACACGUAUUCAGUAUGACAAACCAAUAAUUUUUCACAUGCAUUUUCUUCAAGUGACUUUCUUUGUUAUAACCUGAAAACUGUACUUGUACAAAAAUCGAGUCCAGUAAGAAUUGAUAGGUAAUCAAUUCUCGGUUCAAAUGGUCGUAUAAAAAAGUGAAAGCUUACUUUCUCUUUUGAUAACUGUGAAGCGACUAAAGAGAUUUUCGGUAAUUGACCAGUAUCGGCUGGAAGUCAAAGAAUAACUAUUUUAACAUCAGAAUGUAAUUUUUAACUCAAAAACAAUAAAUCUGCUUAUAGUAUCUCUUUUCCUGGAAGUAUCCGGUCCCGUUAUCAGUCCUGCAAUUCUAAGUACUAAGAUUUUUGUUGAAUCGUAUAAUUUUAGCAAAUUAUAGACGCAGGGAAAUAGGAUAUCUUAAUAUCGAAUAUAUUGAGUAUUUAAAUAGCCUGGGGCACAGGAUCGUAGUACCAGACAGAUAAUGAUUUUGUACGCUAAGAAUCGGCUGCGAAGACUGUGAAAACAGGAAGGCUAAAUUUCACAAAAGAAAUUUAACUUUACUACAGGACUUUACUUUUGCUUUGAGUCUAUAAAAAAAUUCGAUUUAGUCAAAUAUAAAAAUCUUUGAUUUCAAAUUAAAAUCAAAUAUCUUUGAAUACAAACGAGACAAUGCGUAUCAGAUUAAAAUAUAGUUCAAAUUUAAUAUUUUUUUUGUGUGAAUGUCUUUUGCAUUACAUUAGAUAUAUUUGUUUCGUACAUAUUGUGACACUAUUUCAAAUUUUAAAUUAUUUCAAAUCAAAUAAACACUUUUUAAUCAAAUAUCUUAGUCAAAGUAAGAGGAUAUUCUGCAAAUAAACAAUUUUGACUUUUUAAUUUACAUUUAUUAAGGCUUGGAUGAAUAAUUUAAUAAAACAUGACUUUGAUUUUCAAAUAUUUAUCUGAAUCAAGCCUACGGAGUUCUAGUUUCAAAUUCAUGGAUGCAUAAUGAAAUUUUCUAUCCUUAGUUCAAGUAAAAAGGAUGAAAGGAUCUAAAUUUUCGUGCAACGAUCAUUUUGUUACAUUAUUCAAAUGGAAAACAUGAACGCGUCAGUGAAAAUAACUAUUAAUACAGUUGCCUGCUUUCAACUGCUAGCACUAUAAAAAUUUCGAAAAGCAUUAAAUUGAGUUUUCAAUCUGAUAAAUCAAAAGUGGAUACUUUUUAUAAAAGUGAUUCGCUUAUUUUUUCAAAACAAAAAAAUGCAUUAAUUGAUCGACGAAAAAUUCGUUUCAAAUAUAAAAAAAACUUUCAUUGAAGUCUGAUUGUUGAAUAGAACUCCUUUGCUCUUAAUAGAAUAUCAAAUUUAGUUGUUUCAAAGUAAAAUAAAAUUAGAUUCUGAUUCAAAUUAAUAUUAAUCUUAUUUAUUUCUGCGCGCAAAUUGUUCGCUUAGAAGUAAAUAUAAAAUAGUUUUGAAUCAAGCUGAAAUAAAAUUAGGCGCUGAUUCGGAAUAAAAUAUAUUUUGAGCACAAUAUAAUUGAACUUAAUAUAAAUUUCUCUGUGUGUAGGUGAUUCGAUAUUUUAUAUAAAACAUAUCUGUUCUUAUGUGUGUAUAUUUAUUUAAAUAGCACAGUUUAAUGAAAUCAUAAAUUGCUCGAAUUUUGGCGUGUGUCAACUUUCAUUCAAAUCGGAGUAUGCGAAUUCUCUAGACUUGCUACUUAAGAUCUUUAGGAUUACUUACAUUCAAAAACGUACCGCCCGAAUAAAUUAUAUAUUGAGACUGUAUGUUAAUUACGUAAUACAAAGGUGAGUAGCGGGUUAUGAAAAUAUUGUAUGAGAGGUUGUUUUUUGGUCUUAUUGAAACUGUUUUAAAGGUCUACAGUUUGAGGCUGAAUAGAAAAUUUGUAAAACAUUAUAUGAUUGGAAAUGAGUCAAACUUACGUAAUGAUUGUACAGACUCCAAUGGGCUACGAUAUGAGUCUCAGUUCACCGAAACGAUUUGGUUUUUAAAAUGUCAAGUACGACACAAUAAUUUUUGAAUUCAAUCUCUCAAUUAUUCAAGGAAAUCAGAUCAUCUAAUGACACGAUUUUUGAAAAUUGUGAAGCAGUUCUGUUUACUAUCACCAAAGUGAACAAUCGUUCAAUUCGUACUAUGAGAUAAUAUCUUGUUUUAAAACGAUAUACGCUCAAUGUACUAGCGUAUAUACCGAAAAGUAUGGCUCAUGAUUAUUCAUCCGGUUCGGUGAAGAGUAACAUUCCUAAUUGCGAAUUCUAACCUUCUAUGGUGGCUUUGUACUCGACGGUCUGAAAGAGUUCAUUAGUUUUGGCAAGUUAAUUAUUUUUGUAAUAGUACGGUUUUGAAUACUUUAUUAAUAUUUUCAAUUUCAAAUUUUAUUAAAAUACACAAACAUACAUAUCAAAUACACAGAGGUUCAAGUAUAAAGGAAAAAAUGUCUGGUGUAUUCAAUAGGAAUAGGAAAUGUAAUAAAUAAGUAAAAACUUGAAGUCAAGAAGGAAUUUUAUAAUUGUGAUCGAAUUGAUAUGAAAAUAUCACAUGAGAAAGGCUUGCCCUCUAUAUCUUGACAGAUCUACAGAAUUUGGGAACAAAACAUAAAAAUGUUGUUUUCGUUUUUGGCAAUCCCAGAUUGAAUUUUUAUGAGCCCAUUCAUUGGACAUACGAUGAACAUUAGAUUAAGUUGACAGUAGCCUAACUAUUUUUCUAAUAUUAUGUUCAAAAUAGCUUAGUGGGAAAUGUAACCAAACACAGUAGCAUGUAAACAAAUCAUGUCGAAAUAUCUAUUACAAUAAAAUAUAGCUGUUCUGAAGAAAACAAUAUUAAAUCGUCUAGGUCACCUGUAGAAGUAUCAAAAUGAAGGAAAAGAGUCAUAGAGAGGAACGAUAGAAUAUAUUAGAUAUAGCAUAUAGAUCCAACGUCAUAACUCAAACGCUUAAUCCAACUCACUCCCAUUUAUGUAGGAAUGCUCUUCUUCCGAAGAUGAGUUCUAACAUAAAUGUAACGAUUGAAAUAAAACAUAGUCAUGUAAACGAAUAGUAGACAAGCCGAGCCUUUGCACUUGAUAGCAGUUUUCUAUUCAUUUAUCUAGCAUAUUUAAAGAAAAUGCAUUUUAUAAGCACAUUGUAUACAGCAUGACAAACAAUUAAUGAACACACUUAUCACAUAUCCUUGAAUGAAAUGUUUUUUGAUACAUCUAUAUUUUGAAUACAAGAUAAACUCAAUAGUGCAUCACCAGUAAACUUUACAUAAAGAUUAAUAUUAGAAAUCUAGUGCAGUUACCUAGAUGAUCAGCUGGUCUGAUAAUACAACAAAGUAGAACUACGAGAGUGAAGCAAACGCAAACUCAAACGUGUGUGAAUGUGCGAACAGUUCGAUGGGUAGAAGCUAAAUAGAUAAUCAUAGCACGAAUGCUUUCAGUAUAAAUCACGGCUAGAAGAUGAUUAUCAAUGUUGAUUUCACAUUCCAGUAAACGUUUUAGUUAAUUUUCAUUUCCACUAAAGUUCGAGACUAAAUUUCUAAAAUAAGUCACUUAACUUUCUUAUUGGAAGGAAAUCGUAUUUGGUUUCAAGUGAGCUAUUUAAACUGAUUAGAUUCUAAAUUAUAUGAUAAUUACUUCUAUAUUCAUCUACAGUGGCUGGGUAGUAUGCUAUUGAUACGUAGAAUAAUGUGAAUGCACAACUGAUACUUCUGUACUAUCCAGAUGACAUCAUUUAUUUAUUUAUUUAGGUAUUAUCAACAGACACAAUAUGGUCCUAAUGAUAAUUUCUAGUAAUAUAUAAAAAAAAUUCCAAGUAUCCUACUGCGUGAUAAAUUGAAGUCAAAUCCUGAUGAAACGGGGUUGAAUGAUCUCUGCAAGCCAAUAAUAGCAUUGUUAGCACCGUAGUUAGUUCGUCGUAAAGGAAGUCGAAGAAAUGCACUGUUGCGAAGUGCCCGGGGUCGGACGUUGGUAUUGAUUUCGCUGAGCAAAGCAGGGUUUUCAGCAUUUUUUGAAUGGAAUAAACUCAAAAUUAGGGUUGAUGUUACAAUACAAAUACGAAGGGAUUAGAGGUGUCAAACUCACUGAAAAUAAUCAUGAUCCCUCUUGGAAAAUAAAUUUUUAAUGUUCCAAAAACAUUUAAUUGAUUAUUAAGGGUACUUUUGAUAUUUCUACAGUUUUCAUCAAAAUAGGCUCGGAGAUUGUGCCAUUCAGCCGUUGAAAAUGUUCAAUUUUUUAAAUUAUCGUUACCGUCAUUAAGUAUCAACAACAAGUAUUAGGACGUAAUGAAAGAUUCCUAGUAAUGUUUUUCAUACGAGCUGAUUAAGUGAAAUCUUUUUCACUGUAUUAAAAUACGACGUUGAAAACUAUUCCUGGGACUAAGAUGAAUAUAAAAGUAAUUUAUCCACUUAUAUUUUAUUGUUGUUAAAAUAAUUUUCAACUAGGUCAUGAAGCCAAUUUUGUUACCAAUUAGUACGGUUUCUUAGAAACUAUAUUCGGUGUAGUAACGAGCACUGUGCAAACAAUUGAAAAUUGAUAGAAUAUAUGCCAAUGGUAUAAAUUGUUUAUUUUGCUAUACUUCUGCUAGCAAAUCGAAAAUGUGUAGGCUGUAGACAGUGUAAAAUGUAUGAGAAAUUAGUUUUAGAUCCAAUUGUUGUAAAUGCACGAAGUGGAAUAGAAUUGCUUGUGAAGGAAUUGAUUGCGCAUUUGUCCAUGUUACAUAUAAUUAAGUUGAUUGGAAUCAUCGAUUAAGUGUCAAUAUAUAAAACAGUAAGUUUACGAGAAUAGUUUUGUGUUCUUCUAUGGUACAUUACGAACCGUUACUCGACUUGAAAGGUUAAUUUUCAUACAAUAAUCAGAUUUGAACUGAGAUUCCAAGUAUAAUUGUCC